AUGGCGACGACAACAGCAUCAACAUAUACCCCAAAGAACAUCCUUAUUACCGGAGCAGCUGGAUUCAUCGCGUCUCAUGUAGCCAACAGACUGAUUCAAAAGCAUCCUAAUUACAAAAUUGUCGUACUCGACAAACUUGAUUACUGUUCUAAUCUCAAAAACAUAUCACCAUCUUCUCAAUCAUCCCCAAACUUCAAAUUCGUCAAAGGCGAUAUCGCCAGUCCUGACCUAGUCAACUACUUACUCACCACCGAAUCGAUCGACACCAUAAUGCACUUUGCAGCUCAAACUCACGUCGAUAACUCCUUCGGCAACAGCUUCGAGUUCACCAAGAACAACAUUUACGGCACCCACGUCCUCCUUGAAGCCUGCAAACUCACCUCCGGUCAGAUCAGACGCUUCAUCCACGUCAGUACUGACGAAGUCUACGGUGAAACAGACCAAGACGCGGUUGUAGGUAACCAUGAAGCCUCUCAACUCCUCCCCACGAAUCCAUACUCCGCUACAAAAGCAGGGGCGGAAAUGCUUGUUAUGGCCUACGCUAGAUCGUAUGGUUUACCUGUAAUCACCACUAGAGGAAACAAUGUAUACGGCCCGAAACAGUUUCCUGAGAAGCUCAUCCCUAAAUUCAUCUUGUUGGCUAUGAAAGGGAAAUCUCUUCCGAUUCAUGGAGAUGGUUCGAAUGUGAGAAGCUUUUUGUACUGUGAAGAUGUGGCAGAAGCGUUUGAGGUGAUUCUUCAUAAGGGUGAAGUUGGUCAUGUUUAUAACGUGGGUACAAAGAAGGAAAGACGGGUGAUUGAUGUUGCUAGAGAUAUCUGUAAGCUGUUUAACAUGGAUCCAGAAACGAGUAUCGAGUUUGUUGAUAACAGAGCUUUUAAUGACCAGAGGUAUUUUCUGGACGAUCAGAAACUGAAUUACUUAGGGUGGACGGAGAUGAUGGGAUGGGAAGAGGGUUUGAAGAAGACGAUGGAAUGGUAUAUCGAUAACCCCGAUUGGUGGGGAGAUGUUUCGGGUGCUUUACUUCCUCAUCCGAGGAUGCUUAUGAUGUCAAGCGGGAUUGAAAGGCAUCUGGACAGGCCUGAGAGUUGUAGCGAUAAUCCUUUGCGAAGUUUCUGA